AUGAGUAAUUGGGAUUUGGAAAUCGAAGCAGCGGCAAGCGAGGGAGACAACAUGGACGAAACUGUAAUUGCUAAACCGGACGAAAGUUUACAAUUAGAAGAUCUGAAGAAGGAAAAAGCGAAAGCGAAAUCGGCAUUCACAAAAACUAGACAUUCAUUAUUGCAAAUUCUUGAAGAAGAUUUUCCGGAUCGUGAAGAAAUAAAAGUAAUUCAAGAGAAACUUAUAAAUGCAGAAGAAAAAGCGAUGGAUAUUAUGGGGAAUUUAUACGAUAAAUACAAGCAUAGAAAUGACAUUCAAAAUGUGAUGAAAACAACAAAAGAAAUGGAAAAAAUCGAAGAAGAAUUCACAGAAGCAGAAAAUGAGUGUCGUGACUAUUUGAUCGAGAGCAAAGUUGCGUCAAGCGUUGGAUCCAGUGUAUCUAGAAUCUCAAAACGAGAUAAUGUGAAUUCCGUAAAUAAAGUGGAAAGUAAACAUGUUACUGAAGAAAAGGAAGUUAAACCAGAAUUCGAACAAACUACGAAAGAAGAAAAUAAAAACAAGCAGUUGAAGUCUGAAUUAGGAAGCGACAUGUGGAAACAAUUAAAAAGAGUUUCAAUACCGAUAUUUAAUGGAAAUAAAAGAAACUACCAGAGCUGGAAAGCUGCAUUUCUAGCAUGUAUCGAUCAAGCACCGGCGACAAAGGAAUAUAAAUUAUUACAACUAAGACAAUAUGUGGAAGGUGAAGCGUUACAAGUUAUCGAAAAUUUAGGACAUUCAGCAGUUGCGUAUGAUGCCGCAAAGGAGCGCUUAGAAAGAAAGUAUGGAGGACAACGAAGACAGAUAACCCUGUAUAUAGAAGAACUUGAAAACUUUAAACCUAUGAGAGAAGGUAUCGCUAAAGACAUAGAACAUUUUGCAGAUUUACUGGAUAUAGCAGUUGUCAACUUGAAAGAAGCAGGUCGUUUCGAGGAGCUAAAGAAUGGUUCUUUGUACAACAAUUUGCAGCGAAAGAUGACAGAAUCUGUGUUGUCGAGGUAUCAUCGUUGGAUAUUCGAAAGCGGAAAAACAGAGUCAGUCGAAUGUCUACGUGAGUGGAUUUUACAGGAAGCAGAGUUUCAAACUAUAGCAUCAGAAACAAUACAUGGAUUAAGUGCAAACACUAGUAGCAAUUCACAGCGGAAUUAUAAAGGAAAUCGUAGGGAUGGAUUUAGAACAUUUUUUGGAGAAUCGCAAAAUGAAAGCUAUUCCGGAAAUAGGAUGUGCAAGUAUUGUAACGGUAAUCAUGGAGUCUGGAAGUGUGAUGAAUUUCGGAAAUUAACCGUUAACAAGAGAUGGGAUACCGCGAAACGUUUACAGUUGUGUUAUCGUUGCUUAGGACAUGAUCACGUAGGCAGACAGUGUCCGAGAAGUAGAGCAUGUAACUUGGAUGGAUGCAAAGAAGUGCACAACAGACUUUUACAUAGAGAUAAACAAUCGUUCAGUGAGCCAAAAGUUCCAGUGAGAACCGAAUCGAAAACAAAACAGAACUAUGCUGCUGAAAAGAAGGAAAAUACAGACGCUGUCACUGAGAGGGAGAGUCGGGAUCGAACAAUGAUUGGCCGAGACAGAAAAUCAAACUUCGUUACGCUUAGAACAGUACCUGUAAUAUUGAAAAAUGGAAACCGUACCGUUAGUGUUAAUGCAUUACUGGAUGACGCAAGUACGAAAACAUAUAUCAACGCUGAUGUUGCCGCCGAAUUGGGACUUCAAGGACAAAUUCAGAAAGUGACAGUUAAUGUGUUAAAUGACAAUGUUGAAACAUUUGAAACUAUGCCAGUCGAGGUAAGACUUCAAAGUCACAAUGGUCAGACAGACGCCAAAGUAGUCGCAUUCACUACAAACCGUGUAACCGGAAGUUUACAGCCAGUUGACUGGAAACAACACGCUCGGAAAUGGGACCAUCUUGCAGGGAUUAAAUUUCCGAAUCUAGGAAAGAGACCUACCGUUGAUAUGUUGAUCGGACUGGACUAUCCGGAUCUACAUUAUUCUUAUAGAGAUAUACGUGGUAAGCCUGGAGAGCCAAUUGCUAGACUAACACCGUUAGGUUGGACGUGCAUCGGAGAUCCGAAUAGCGGACAGGAUCAGACAUUAUUUAACCGAACUUAUUUUGCUCGUGGACAAGAGAAUCGAAAUAAUUUAGAUAACAUUGUUAGGAAAUUUUGGGAAAUCGAAAAUGUCAAAACACCAAGCGAAAACGUAUUUCUAAGCAGUGAUGAGAAAAAAGCGUUGUCAAAGGUAGAGCAAUCGUUGGAAUUUAAGGAUGGACACUACGAAGUUAAAGUACCGUGGAAAGACGACACACCUUCAUUACCGAACAAUUAUAAUAUGGCAUUAAGUAGAUUAGCAAAUACAGAAAAAAGAUUAAACAAAGACCCGAGUAUUGCUAAAGUUUAUACACAAACAAUAGAGAAAUAUAUUGAGAAAGGAUAUGUUCGCAAAGUGUCGACAAAGGAGACUGUUGCAGGAAAAUGGUAUUUGCCACAUUUUCCAGUGAUUAGACCGGACAAGGAAACAACUAAAACUAGGAUUAAAGUACCCCGUUGCACUUGUUUGUGA